AUGUUCGCUGCAGCACAGCAGCAGCUGGUGCGGUUGGCGCGUCAAGAGUUGUCUGCAGUGGACUUGGAGAAGGAUGCAUCAGUGCCUGGCUUCAACGACAGAGCCCUGAAGCUCUUGGCCGCUUGCUACCGAGUCUUAGAGACACCUGACUUCGAAAGCUUGGCCAACAUGCUUUUGGGACCCUCCACGAAAGCUGUCCACCUGGAGAGUGCUCCGGCGCAGCUCUUGCGCCUGUCGCAGCUGCUACGCUUGCGCGAACAGCUGGCCGCCUUCGAGGACGAUCUGCUGUCCACGGAGGUGGUGCGGCCAAGUGGAGUUGCUGGUGACUUGGAGAGGCUCACGCGUGUGACCCUGAAGGGCUGGCGCCUGGCCCGGCACCGACGCUGGGAGGCGGAGAUCCGCGAGGUUUGCAACGGCUUGCUUGAGCACGUGAUCUUUGAUCAGCUCCUGGAGGGAGAGAAGGGUGGCAUUGAAGAAAGGUGUUGCAAGCUUCUUCCUUCGGUCGCAGCGCAUUUCAGGGCCUUUCUGGGUCCUACUACCUCGGUGCUUUUCGAAGUGCUCAAGGAGAGGAUACUCAAGCUUCACUUGCUGGAGGCCGGGCCGCCGGCCGAGAGCUUGGUGCGGUGCCUGGAACGCAUUCUAGACCAUGCGGCAACCGCGCACUUCAGUGACCAGCGCUGUGUUGACGCCGACAGUGUGCAGAUGGAGGACGCUCUGCGCGCAGAAGAAGCGAACAAAAAGAGUCGUCCGGUGAUGCACUGA